CCACCAACCACCACCACCAAGUCUCCACCUCCAAACCUUCCGUACACCCCCCCUCGCCGCGGGGCGUGAACCCGUCCGGCCACGAGGUUUCGCGAGUCACAGUCGCAGAGUUUUGUAGUGGCGAUAGCGGCCGCCUUCACCACAGGGCGCGUUCGUGGUGGUUGGUUUGGGUUGGUGGUGGUUGUAGAGCGGAAGCUGAGCUAGAUAGGUGAUCUCAAUCCAUCAAUUAACCCUCCCCACCGCUCCCCCCCCCCUAUAUUGCUGGCGUUUGUGGAAUCGAUUCAAACCCCCCCUAGUAGGGUUUUUUGUUUUGUUUUUAAAAAACAAAACAAACAGCAGUCGCGACUUGUUAGGUCGGUGAGGUAUGCGACACGCCGCACGUGCGUAAUGCGACAUGCGCACGGCUGUCUGCGGCGAUGUAUACUGUCGGCUGGCGGAGAGAACGCGGGGAGUUUUGCGGGAGAUGAGGAGCGCGCAUUGAGUCGGCCGACGAGGCGCGCGGAUGGGACGCAUCGCGCGCAACGAACGGUUGCGUCAGGCGAAUAGGGGAGAGGGCGCGGAGAUUUGUGUCAGAGAUAAUGGGGAGAUGUAAACAAUGCAGAGCGGUAGGGAGAUAAAUAGAGGCGGAGGGAGAUAAGGCCGAGGUAGGCAAACAGAGAGAUACACAGAGAAAAAAUAUAUAUAUAGAGAGAGACACACACACGCGCGCAUAGGCAGACACGCGAUGAGAUGCACCGCGUGUCACACAGAGAGACAUUGAGACAGUCAGAGACACAGGCACAGGGGGGCGACUCCAGUAGGACAUAGUAAGACGGAGAGAGUCACAAAGGGGCAUACGCAGAGACAGACAGAGAGACACGCAAACACAGGGGCGGUCGCAGAGGCACAUUGAGACAGACGGACGUCGGGGCGAGACCAGCGGCACGAAGAGCAAGGGACGGGACAGACGACGGAGAGACGCGCGCACGUCCAAGCGCACAGAGUGAGAAGGCGGAGAGGGGCGACUGCGUGCGAGUCGCCUUCAACUCGCCACAGUCCACCUGGGAACGCCUUUCCACGCACGCGGCCACCACCACCACCACGCGACUCCCACUCCUUUGAGGGCACGAUCCUCGGGUGGGCAUUGCCACCACUACUACCACCAACCACCACCACCACCAACCACCACCGCCUCUAACCACCAUCACCAAAGGUCGAAGCGCAGAGGAGAAAGAGCUUCCUAGCCCCGCGUCUGGCCGGCGGAAUCGAGGAUCGGCCUCGCCAUGAGAAGGCGGCACAGGAGACCCGGUCUGCUGCACAUAUCGCUCUGCACUGGGAUCAUACUUGCUCGGCUGGGGGCGCUCUCGUCCGUGGUGGCGCUGGGUGCCAACACCAUCUGCAACAAGAUCCCGGGGCUGGUGCCGCGGCAGCGCGCAGUGUGCAGGAACCGCCCGGACGCGAUCAUCGCGCUGGGUGAGGGGGCGCAGCGCGCCCUUGACGAGUGUCGCUACCAGUUCCGGCAGGGCCGCUGGAACUGCUCGGGGCUGGGCGAACACACCGUGUUCGGCCAGGACAUACGCGUAGGCAGCAGGGAGGCGGCGUUCACCCACGCCAUCCUGGCGGCCGGCGUGGCGCACGCGCUCACGGCCUCGUGCAGCCGAGGCGCCCUCAGCGACUGCGGCUGCGACCGCGCCAAGCAGGGGGCGUACAGCGCGCGCGAGGGCUGGCGCUGGGGCGGCUGCUCCGCCGACCUGCAGUACGGCCUCCACUUCUCGCGACUCUUCGUGGACGCGCGCGAGGUGCGCCAGAGCGCGCGCACGCUCAUGAACCUGCACAACAACGAGGUGGGGCGCAAGGUGCUGCACGAGCGCAUGAAGCUAGAGUGUAAGUGCCACGGCGUGUCUGGCUCGUGCACGACGCGCACCUGCUGGACCACGCUGCCAAACUUCCGCGAGAUGGGCCACGCGCUGCGCGAGCGCUACCACGCCGCGGCGCACGUGGAGGCCGUCGUGGCGGGCCGCUACCAUCGCCCGGCCUUCCUCAAGCUCAAGAAGACGCGCGGCGGCGGCGGCGGCAGCAGCGGCAGCAGCAGCAGCAGCUUCCGCAAGCCGGCCGACGGCGACCUCGUCUACCUCGAGCGCUCGCCCAACUACUGCGAGGAGGACGCGGCCGCCGGCUCGCCGGGCACGCGCGGCCGCCUCUGCGACCGCGCGUCGCCGCUGACCGACGGCUGCGAGCUGCUGUGCUGCGGACGCGGCUACAACACGCACCAGCACACGCGCUCGUGGCAAUGCAACUGCAAGUUCCACUGGUGCUGCUUCGUCAGGUGCAACACGUGCAGCGAGAGGGCCGAAGUGUACACGUGCAAGUGACGCGAGGGGUCGCACCGAGGGGAGUGGGGGGGUGGGGGGGUUAAAGUGGCAGCAGGAGCAGGAGUGGAGCUUGACAGCGGGCAGAAGAAGAGAGGAGGAGGAUGAGGGUGUGAGUGAGUGAGCACGGGGGGGUUGGGGGAGGAGGGGGAACUCAACACGCGUGUCACAGAGAGGAGCACACGCGUGUCACAGAGAGGAGCACACGCGUGUCACAGAGAGGAGCACACGCGUGUCACAGGGAGGAGCACACGCGUGUCACAGGGAGAAGCACACGCGUGUCACAGGGAGAAGCACACGCGUGUCACAGGGAGGAAUACACGCGUGUCACAGGGAGGAGCACACACGUGUCACAGGGAGGAGCACACGCGUGUCACAGGGAGGAGCACACACGUGUCACAGGGAGGAGCACACGCGUGUCACAGGGAGAAGCACACGCGUGUCACAGGGAGGAACACACGCGCGUCACAGGAGCACACGCGCGUCACAGGAGCACACGCGUGUCACAGAGAGGAGCACACGCGAGGGAGGGAUGGAGGGAUGACUCUGCGUGUGGGGAGUUCGUGGACUCGGCACGUGCGAGAAUGAAGUGGGGGUGGUGGUGGUGGUGGCGCUCGCGAGAGGGAGAGCAGAAAUCCGACACGAUGAUGAAUCUGUGAAUCUGGGGAGGGGAGUCGGCGAGGGUGUGGGCUCGAGGCGCACCACUCAGCGGAGUGAGGACAGAGGAGCCGAGGAGAUUUCAGAUCGCGGUCGCUCCAAAGCGAUGCUCACGUACGCUGGGACUUACUUGCUGGGCAUCACUAAAACUGAACUUUUUAUUUUAUUUUACCAGGCUUUAUGACGUGGAAAUGUAUGACAGACAAAGACUCUGAACGCGUGGAUGUUGAUUCUAAAUGUGAAAGGGAAAGGAAAAUCGAAGAACCCAGAG